AUGGCAAGAAACCUGAGUGCCGACGUCACCUGGGCCCCAUUUCUGGCAAUUUAUCCCACUGAGGAUCCUCACCUGCGGGCUGUUCUGCAGCCUUUCGAAGUUUGCUGGAGUGAGGCUGUGGAAUACCCGACGGACAAUGAAGCUAGUGUCAGCAGCAAGGUCGGGAAGGCCAUCAAGUCCAACCGGAAUUUCAAGAAUGCUCACCACGACCUUUUGAUCCCCGUGAAGCGGAAGGCGACUCAUACGCUCGAAUUCAUUGCAGUGCAAUGUUGCCAUGGGUUGCUGAAGAACGCAAGUCAGCUGUCCAAAUCAUGCCAGGACAAGACUAGGAAGCCUCGGAAGGGCAGGAAGGGAGCGCAGGGCAGGAAGCCUCAAAAGAAGGAGCACAGAGACAUGGCAAAUGUGUUGCUCCAGAUUUGCAGCACAUGUGAAGACGGCAGGCAAAAUUUUAAGUGCAGCUCUUCCUGGGCCAGACGCCAACAGGAGAAGAGAUACUCUCUCAUGAGUUGUAGGUGUAUAAUCGCGCAGAUGGACGUGUUGCAGCUUCUGUGA